AUGCAGGGGGUUACGGCACCGUCUCAGAUCCGAUACGUGCACUAUCUUGAAGCUCUCAUUUACCAUGAAGUUGCCUUGUUCCUGAUUGACUACAUCUCUGCCAUGCACCUUUCCAUCCACGCCAUCACCUUGUUCUCCUCGCCACAUCCGCGAAGGGAGGUUUGCCCGAUCACCAUCAUCAUCGAGGUUAACGGCAGAGUCGAAUAUGAUCACAGCCGAACUCAUGGAAUUCAGCCGUUGAAUCGAAACGGGUCGAAGUCUUGGACUGUGAGCACGAGGAAGAUCGCGAUGAACAAGGCAAGCAAGCAGGAGAUUAAACAGUCAGAGAAGAACGUCUUCAACUUCGAUAUCGGAUCUCUUGCAGUGGAGGGCGACGUCUCUGUCCGCCUCUUCUACUUCGACCUGGACGAGGAGCUCUGCUUUGUCUCUUUCCACACCUCCAUGCACAGCGGCCCCAUCCAAUUCGCCAAGCACGAGAUCGACGGGGCGUACAACCGCUCCAUCCACAAGUUCAGCCCCUCCUUCCGCCUCCACAUCGAGUCCAGCAAGGUCCCAGCUCGGACAGGAGAAGCUCCAGAGCUCCAGGCGUCACCCUCGGGGUUCAGCAGAGGCCCGUCUCAGGUCUCCCAGGAGCUCAGGUGGGGGAGCCCAGCAGCAGCUGAGCUGGUAGUUGGGGCGGGGGGCGGACGGGGGGCGGCGGAGAUGAGAGUAGUGUCGGUGUCAUCGAGCAUGUCAGAGCAGGUGUCAAACUCCUUCAGAAAUCUGUUCCUCUACUCGGAGACAGGAAACAUCAUGAAGAAAGCCUGUCCUCAAGAGAAAACGUUCAGCAGCGGGGAGAUAGUGCACGACUCGUCCGUCAUGUCCACCAGCUCAGAGCUUUUCUACCUCGAGGAGGGAAACGUUCUCUUCCUCGACAGCAACGACAGCAGCUCCAAGAAGACCACCAUCCUCAAGGGCGACACGCUUGCCGGCAUGCCGAGAGGUCAGGGAGAGUUCUUCGGCAUGACGGACUUUCUGCUCGGGAGGAAGGCGGUGAUGGGAAGGAUGCACAAGGUCCUUGCUACCUCGGAAGUCGUCCGUCUGCGGCGUCUCGAGCGCGACAACGGGAGCAUGGCGCCGCCGCUGGAGCUGGCGGGGCUGAGCGGAGAGGAGGUAGCGAUCCUCUACGAGAGCCUGUCCUCCUCGCUGGCGAGGCUGUACAGGAGGGUAGAGAGUCACCUGCACCUGCUGAGGAGGAUGGAGAAGAUCAAGAGGGACAAGAACGUGAGCGUGAGCCAGGCAGAGAAGGGGAGGCUGAUGCGAAAGUUCAUCCUCAAGUUCUCCAUCCCCACCGACGAGACCGUCCUUGCCAUGAGCUCCUGCUCCAUCCUCUCCGGCGGCUUCUCCGGGGCCCAUGGGCAGUUCGUCGUGCUCAACGGCUGGAUACUCUUCAACGCGGGCAAGGUGAUCCUGAGAGCAGGGCGCGCGGCUGAGGAUUUCUUUCUCCCCAUCGACAUGAUCACGAGGGUAGAGGCUGCAGGCACCAAACUCUCCCUCCUGUUCCACUCCGAGAGCGAUGAGCUGGACUUCUCCCAGCACGGCAAGGAAGCGACCAACUCGAGGAUCGGAGAUUGGGGAGGAGCAGGAGCAGGAGCAGGAGCAGGAGGAAGCGAUUCAGACUUGACUCCAAGGAUUGUGUCGAUGAGACUGGACGCCAACUCUACCCCGAGGACGCUGGUGGAGAGGCUGCUGACCACGAGGAGCGAGGGAGUGAAGGACGUGCUGCAGUUGCGGUUCGCCGACGAGGCUGCUUGCCUCGAGAUCCGAAACGCCAUCGAGAUCCGGCUGGGGCAAGUGCGAGUUGCCCGCUGCUCCGAAGAAGGCUCCCGUCCUGGAAGCCUUGCGCUGAACAUGGAGGGAGGAGUGCUGGGAGGAGGAGGAGGAGGAGCGCUGGGAGGAGGAGGAGGAGGAGCGCUGGGAGGAGGAGGAGCAGGAGCAGGAGCAGGAGGAGGAGGAGGAGGAGGGAUGCUGGGAGGAGGAGGGAUGCUGAAGAGAGUGAUUUCUCUCGAGAAUGUUGUGCAAGAAAGAAGGUCAAUCGACCGGAGCCCCCCAGCAGCAUUGGACGGUGACAAGCCCAAGAGCCGGUUCUCAGUGUUCAGUGCGCUGAGGCCUUCAGGGUCGUCAAACCGUCUCAUGAUGGAGGAAAACGAGGUUUCUACCUUCCUGAGAGAGAGCAUCCCCGCCCUCUGCUGCUGGAUCCUCCCAGACGAGCUGCUGGAGGUCGAGGAGGCGGGGGUGAUGCGCAACUGGACCAAUUUUCUGACAAGCUCGAGCUACCGAAAGUAUCAGAAUGAUGAAGUGAUCAUUCCCAUCGGCUGUCAGGAGAGAAAACUUUACUUCCUACUGUCUGGCUCCUUGUGCUCGCAGAGCCUUGAGGGCAAGAAACAUUCCUUGCAAAUUAGCCCUGGGGAGCCUUUUGGAGAUGUCAACUUCUUUGAGAUUGGAAAUCGCGGAUCCCCGUAUAACGUGCUGGCAUCAGGACAGGUUGAAUGCAUCGAUUUUGGAGAGGAGCACCUUCGACGAUUGGUGGGAGACAACGCUCUUUUGCGAGCAAGAAUCUACAGUUUUUGCGCAAUCGAGGGAAGGGGAGCAUGCAGCUCGGGUUUGCUCCUUUUCUGUGAGUUCAUGAACACCUUCACAACCAAAAUGGAGAGGUGGAAGGAGGCAGUAGCGGAGGAAGAGGAGGAAUGGGAACGGGGGGCGGGCAAGGAAGUUUAG